CCUUUGUGCAGACAGCGAGGCCCUUCUCGCGUUUUUCCCUCAGAGUUUGCGAGAGAGCGGAAAGAAGGAGAGAACCGAAAGGCAAGCAGUCGAGGUUAAGGAAACGGGCAGAGUGGAGAAGGUGCAGCAAGGAUUAGCUGCGUGUCCUGGGUGGGGGUACGAUUCCUGCAUGAAUAGAAGUUGGAUCCAGCCCUGAAGAUAAAGCAUAGACAAUGUGAAGCUCUGCUAGAGACAGUCUGAGCAGCCUGGACUGGGUGACUGUUCUCAUUUCUCCCAGUUAUCAUGAACCGUCUCAUCGAUGUCUGAGAGGUCCAACCUCCUCUCGUGGCUCACCGAGGGGUUCCUGGGUCGCACUCAAUGGACACAGUUAAACAGUGGAGCACUCACCUUCGUCAGCUGUGAUAACCCAAGAGAACCUCAUACUCCUGGAUUUGAGUGACAGCAAAUGAUUUGCAAUGGUGACAUGAAACGCAAGAGGGAAGAUUUUUAUUUUCUCAAGGCAGAAACAACCGGGCUACUUUAAAUCUCGGAAGAGGGAGGACAUAAAGCAUGAGUUUCCUGAGCAGACUGCGUCGGCUGUUUCGACAACUCACGUUGCAGGGAGUGCUUCUGUUACUCUUUGCCUUCUGCAUGGUUACUGUGUUCAUCUCCGCCUAUUACCUGUACAUCGGAACCAAGCAAGAGACGGAACUUUCCAGUGAAGUCCAGCGUCCUGACUGUGAUGACUCCAGAGUCACCCCAUCCAGGCUAUUCCCAACCAAGCCCAUGAAGGCAGUGGAUGUGUCUCGCACUGACCCUGUGGUCCUGGUCUUUGUUGAAAGCAUGUACACCCAACUGGGGCAGGAGAUAGUGGCCAUCCUGGAGACCAGUCGGUUCAAGUACCACACGGAGAUCGCGCCGGGCAAGGGUGACAUGCCCACAUUGACAGAUGAAGACAGAGGCCGCUUUGUCCUCGUUAUAUAUGAGAACAUUUUGAAGUAUGUGAAUCUGGAUGCUUGGAACAGGGAACUGCUCGAUAAGUACUGCAUCGAGUACAGUGUUGGCAUAAUUGGCUUCUUCAAAGCGAAUGAAAAUAGUUUGCUCAGUGCCCAGCUAAAGGGCUUCCCCCUGUACCUCCACUCUAACCUGGGCCUCAAAGACUGCAGCAUUAACCCCAAAUCACCGCUUCUGUACAUCACAAAAGCAAAGGAGGUAGAGAAGGGCUUCCUGCCGGGAGAUGACUGGACAGUUUUCCAGUCCAACCAUUCAACGUAUGAACCCGUUUUGCUCGCCAAGACCAAAUCCGCUGAGAACAUCCCACACAUGGAGGUGGAUGCUGCUCUCCAUACAACUGUAGUGCAGGACCUGGGACUCCACGAUGGCAUACAGCGAGUGCUGUUUGGAAACAACAUGAACUUCUGGCUCCACAAGCUUGUCUUUGUGGAUGCCGUCUCCUUUCUAACAGGGAAGAGAUUAUCUCUCCCGCUGGACAGGUAUAUUUUAGUGGACAUUGAUGAUAUCUUUGUUGGCAAAGAGGGAACCAGGAUGAAAGCAGAAGAUGUCAAGGCUCUCCUUGAAACCCAGAAGCAACUGCGAGUCCACAUUCCAAACUUCACCUUCAACCUGGGCUUCUCUGGAAAGUUCUAUUACACCGGGACCGAUGAGGAAGACCAAGGGGACAGUCUUCUCCUGGCCAAUGUGGACGAGUUCUGGUGGUUCCCUCACAUGUGGAGUCACAUGCAACCCCAUCUCUUCCACAACCAGUCAGUGCUGGCUGAGCAAAUGCUCCUCAACAAGCAGUUUGCGCUGGAGCAUGGUAUUCCCACUGACAUGGGCUACGCAGUGGCACCUCACCAUUCUGGAGUUUACCCCGUUCACAUCCAGCUCUACGAAGCCUGGAAGCAGGUCUGGGGGAUGAAAGUAACAAGUACAGAGGAAUACCCGCACUUGAAACCAGCUCGAUUCCGGCGAGGGUUCAGACACAAUGGCAUCAUGGUUCUGCCUCGUCAGACAUGUGGGCUUUUCACACACACGAUAUUCUACAGCGAAUAUCCCGGAGGGCCCAGAGAAUUGGAUAAGAUCAUUAAUGGAGGAGAGCUCUUCCUCACUGUUCUCCUUAACCCUAUAAGCAUCUUCAUGACACACCUGUCAAACUAUGGCAAUGAUCGCCUGGGUCUUUACACCUUUAAGAACCUCAUCAGCUUCGUGCAGUGCUGGACAAGCCUCAAACUACAGACUCUGCCACCUGUCCAGCUCGCACAGAAAUAUUUCCAACUGUUUCCUGAAGAGAAGGACCCCGUGUGGCAGGAUCCUUGCGAAGAUAAGAGGCACAAGGAUAUCUGGUCGAAAGAAAAGACAUGUGAUAGGCUUCCCAAACUACUUAUCAUUGGACCUCAAAAGUCAGGUACCACAGCUCUUUAUCUGUUCCUCACUAUGCACCCGGAUGUCACCAGCAAUUCUCCAAACCCCGAUAGCUUUGAGGAGUUGCAGUUCUUUAAUGGACCGAACUAUCAUAAGGGCAUUGACUGGUACAUGGAUUUUUUCCCUGUUCCGUCCAACACAAGCUCGGAUUUCUUCUUUGAGAAGAGUGCAAAUUACUUUGAUUCUGAGGUGGCCCCAAAACGGGCAGUGGCUCUGUUGCCAAAAGCUAAAAUUAUCACCAUUCUGAUCAAUCCCGCGGACCGAGCUUACUCCUGGUACCAGCAUCAGCGAGCUCACGAUGAUCCGGUGGCCUUGAAGUACAGUUUCUAUGAGGUUAUCACUGCCAGAGGGGACACAGUGCCAAAGCUAAGAUCUCUUCGGAAUCGUUGUCUCAUUCCAGGCUGGUACGCAACACACAUCGAGCGCUGGCUUAACCACUAUCAUGCCAACCAGAUUCUUGUUCUCGAUGGACAUCUGCUCCGAACAGAGCCCGCUGCAACAAUGGAAAAGGUGCAGAAGUUCCUUGGUCUCCGAAACAUUGCUGAUUAUCACAAGUUGCUGAUAUUUGAUCUGAAGAAAGGCUUCUGGUGUCAGCUGUUGGAUGGCAAUAAAUCAAAGUGCCUGGGGAAAAGUAAAGGCCGGAGGUACCCAGAGAUGGACAGUGAUUCAAGAGCUUUUUUACGCGAGUACUACAGAGAUUCCAACAUUGAGCUUUCGAAGCUGUUGUAUAAACUGGGACAGAGCCUGCCCACGUGGCUGAGAGAGGAACUUCAGAACAACAGGUAGCUGUACGCCAGGAAACAAAGGACAAAGUUGUGCAUCUGUGCUUCCAGCGGCUCUUCUCUGAGAUCAAGCCAACAUUUCUGUCUCAUUGUCAUUCAUUUAUUAAAGGCCUGGUCGAUUCCUCAUCCUUCUAAGCACUGAUUGGGUCUCCAGAGACAGUUGAAGCAUUCAGCAUUGCUGGUGGUUUAUUAGCCCUGCGGGGAGGCCUAUGCUUGUUAGAUAAGCGCUGACUGGAAGCUUGUGAAGAGCAUUGUUUAUUUUCAUCUCGGGGCUGUGGCAGCUUCCCCAGGAGGAGCAGAAGAGAGUGAAGACUGUUAGCAAUAAUUGGUUCCUCACGGCAUAGCUGGAGUUCAGGCCAAACCUAUAUUCACUCCUCCUGAAGUGCUGCAGCACAGAACCAUUACUCAGCUUCCACCAGCUCUCAGGAGAGGUCGGUCUCUUAUUUUUAUGAUCGCGAAGUGUUGAACUCUUCCUCACAACAGUCACGAGGAAUAGGAUGUUGGAAGGGAGGUCUCUGUCAUUCCGCUUGACUCAACAAAUGGCUCAGAAAGACAGCACCUUCUGAGAGUUGCUUUUGACUGGUUCUCUUGGGAGCUUUGAUAUUGAAUAGUUCACUGGGUUUUCUUCAAGAAACAAUUGAACACAGCUUCUACCAAACAGCACAAAGCUGGCAGUCAGGUGAACCAGACUAGAAGCCAGCUCCUUCCAUCAAGGACCAGCAAAUAAGACGGUCACUUUUGCGAAGUACAACCAGACUUGCAUAAAGAAGCAAUUCAGAAUGACCACAUUGUCCUACCAUUGUAGAUGAUGUCUAAGCAGAAAGCCACCCCCCUCCCCCUUCCUUGCCUCUGGAUUACAUUUAUUAAGGGGCACAUCACUUUUCUAUACAAACACUUUCACAGAACGCUGUUGGAAAUGGUACAAGUUCAGUUGGCCACAUUGGCAACCCUAGGGUAGGGUACUGCUUAAUUAAAAUGAAUACAAUUCAGAUUUCCAGUACGUUGAAGGCUGGUACAUGUAAUUAUAUCGUGUCUCUAUAUUCUUUCAUGCAACAUGGGCUAGGACAAUGAUUCUUGUCCAUCCCUAAUUGGCUAAAGGGCCAUUAAGAGUCAACUACAUUGAUGUGGAGUUGGAGGGCAGACCAUGUAAGGAUGACAAUUUCAGUUCCCUGAAGGGCAUUCAUGAACCAGAUAAAUUUUCCUAACAAUGGCUUUGUGUUCACCAUUAUACUAAUAAUUCCAGGUUUCGAUUAAAUUCAAUAUCCAUCAUCUGCCAAUGGUGAGAUUUGAAUCCUGAGCUGCAGAACAUUACCUGGAUCUCUGGACUAAUGGUCUAGCGAUAAUACCAUUAGGCCAUCACAUUUUAUUGGAUGUGUUCUCCACUCUUAGUCAAAGAGUCGGAGAGUUAAACAGCAUAGAAACUGUCACUUCGCUCCAGCUUGUCCAUAUCAAUCAGAUAUCCCAACCUAAUCUAGUCCCACCUGCCAGCACUUGGCCGAUAUCCCUCCAAACCCUUCCUAUUCAUAUACCCAUCCAGAAGCCUUUUAAAUGUUUCAAUUGUACCAGCCUCCACCACUUCCUCUGGCACCUUGUUCCAGGCACACACCUCACCCUCUUCCCCUCAGGUCCCUUUUAAAGCUUUCUUGUCUCACCCUAAAACUAUGUCCUCUAGGUUUGGACUCCCCUCCUCU